AUGUCGUCUAGUUGUGAUCCACCAAGAGUGAGUCAGAUGACCUCGAUGUCCGCUCAGCAGUCGCCGUCAGCAUCGGAAAGAAAGAUUGCGUAUGAGGAUGACAUCGUUGCAUCAUCACAGCUGAUACUGGCUUACCUAGACAACGAGAAACAAUCCCGACUUUUACAACCGUAUACCAGCGGUGAGCAGCCCACACACAUGCGUGAUCUUCAAUCACAUGGCAGCGUGAAUCCGAUAGAUAAAAAUUUAGGCGCGAAUCAGCAGCAGUUUCUAUGGCCAUCGACUGAGACAGGCAACACGGAGAGUGAUGUAGGAAACCGUUAUCAAAUUCCGGCUGUGAUUGGAAACGGGCAUUCACAAUUGUCAAAUCUACAAGAGAACGCAGUCUCAUCUAGUCAGAGUUGGAACGGUGCACCAUAUGCUGGUCCUGGAACUUUCCUUCAUGAUCAACAGCCACAACCACACACCACCCAGCAGGGAUGCAAUUAUCCCGUUGCUCGACAAUCAUUGCCACAAAUGUAUCGAUCGGCUUUUUCACCGCCUUCGGGACACAGGCAAUCGAAUAGCCCAGUGACCACUUUGUCUACACCCAUGUAUUCGUCAAUUGAUCUAUCCAAGCCCCCUAAGAGACACCGCCGUCGCAAAAGUAUAUUGAAUCUACAAUUUCACUGUGAAGUGCCCGGUUGCGAGAGAAAAUACGCGAGCAAGUUGUCCCGCAAACAACAUUACCUACUAAAACACCCAUCAGAAAAAUUUGACACAAAAUAG